AUGUCAAGCGAAGACUUGCAAUGGCUGGAAAGUUACCUGCGCCAUGGAUACGACCCGGAAGCUCAGGGUGUCGAUGAACAUGCAGCAUUCUAUCAGUCAAACCCCUACUUUGCUAUGCCCCCGUCCUCGUCUUAUACAGCUGCCCACAAUGGCUCUGCCGGAUCUCAUGGAUAUCAGUACUCAAACGAGAGGGACGUGAGGCCUGGCUCAUUUCCAGAAAACCAACAUCACACAUCCACUUCUCGGUCUCAUCAAAUGCAGUACCCCCAAGCUUCGGCCGUGGCACCGCCCCCAGGCUCGCAUACUGAGAGCUCGUCUCGGUCUGCUGCUCCUUUUGGACCGAAGUCGCUGCCCUCUAAAUCACCGAGACCCCCUCCUUCGCAGGAUUAUACACGUGCGCAUCAGUUGCCAAAGCCGGUGCAGACACACAGGACUGGCCCUCCAGCAGGGUAUAAGCCGCCCCCUUCGCGAAUGUCUCGACCGGCGCAUCAAUCCGACCCAGGCCCCCCUCCAGGGUAUCAGCCGGCCUCAUAUCCAGCGCCACAUUCAAUCCCUCAGGCACCGUCCAGACCGACCCCGCCUCAGACGUCGGGCUCUUUGCCCUCGAGUCUGCCUCAUGCCCAGCCGUCUUCUACCUUAACCUCAAGCCAACCUCAUUCCCAGUCCUCGAAUGCUGUAAUUUCGCCCCUGGUACUGCAGACAUCCAAUACGGCACUGCCGCCUACACCAGCCCAAGCUCCCAAUUCACGUCCUUCACCUAUGCCACCGACGCAAUUCACUACACAUCCUUCAAAUCCGCCAAUGACAGCACCUCAAACGAGUUCACACACUACUCCGACAAUUUCAGCUCAGACAUCCAACUCGGCUCCUCCAGUGACCGUCCCAACUGCCCAGCCGUCGAAUUCAGCGCCUCCGCCUGUUCCGCCUGCGCAUAUAACGCAUACAACCCCGCAAUCUACGAUGCAGCAAGGAAAUACCACUGGAAACGGUAGUGAACCAGGUCAUGAUGCUAAGAGACGUCGGAUAGCGGCCCCAUCCACCUCUAAACGAUCAUCCGGGCAACCCUCAUUGCCCAGCUACGCAACAGCGCCUGCUGAGAAUCCUCCAGCUGGAGGGCUCUCUAUCUACAAUUAUUCACCACAAAUAGCAGGCUCCGGGUUCCCUGCAUCUAAAAGCUAUCUAAAAUCGCGUGCCGACAUUGUUACGCCGCUACGUGAGGAAGACGCCGUGGAUAAGGUGAUCUAUGACCCGAAGACGGUCGCCAGAGACGUCCUCAUUGCAGCAGGCCGCCAUCCAACGGAGGAGGCACUGAACCAUCAUCUUCUUCGCUUGCGCGAUGUUUUCGUUCAUGUGGACAGUUCGUCGGACCUGUCGACCUUUCGCUGGGAUCUGGUCGACGCGCUGGAACCACGUGACCAAGGUCCGCCAAAGCCGCAGCCGCGGCCGCGUCCCGCGCCUUCUCUGCCUGUCCUUCCGAACAACACCAACACUAGUCUGCCCCCUCCACCACAAUCCCGGCAACCACCACCACUUCCCCAGUCACAGCCGGUACGGCAAUAUCCGUCUUCGCAGCCGCUGCAGGGUCAGCCGGUGCCGGGUCCGCCCGUUGGUCUUUCUAAGGCUGCUCCUCAGCCACAGAACCGCCCAUCUGUCUCAGCAGCGACCCCGCUACCACAAACGCGGCCGCAACCACCGUCGACCCCGCAGCCCCCAUCCCAAUCAAGUGUACCUAUCACGACGACGCAAGUGACACCUAUGACGGGCAAGAGAGGACCGGGUCGACCCCCGGGCAGCUCGAAGGCGCGGCAGCAGCCCCAGCAAACUCCCAUACCGGCGUCGGUUCCGUACCCGGUCUUUGCAUGUGAUUGGACGAACUGCCAGGCCCAGCUGCACAACCUGGAUGGACUGAAGAAGCAUGUCUUCAAGGUGCACGUAUCCCAGACGCUCAAUUGCGCGUGGAGGGGGUGCUCGUUCCCGGAUGCCCUACCUGCCGCAGCUUUGUUCAAACAUGUGAAGAAGGAGCAUCUGGAACCGAUCGCAUGGAAGCUGGGGGAUGGGCCCGCGGUGCCUCUAACUGUGGGAAACGAUGCUAGCGGCAGUCCUGGGCCCUUGGGCAUUUUGGACACCGCACAGCCCGAUACUGAAGACUCACUUAUAUUCCCUGCCAGCUACAGUUCUAUCCGUGCCUUCAACCGAGUGCAUGGGAAUAAUACCCAACAGGAGAAGGCCCGGGAGAUUCUCAAAGCAGUCCAGCGACUGAAGGAGCAAAUCGGAGUCGGACUGGACCCGGGCGGAUGUGAGCUCGCGACUCCGGCGCGGAAUGAGCGAUUGAGCAAUGACGAAGAUGUUUACGAGGUGGUGCCAGCGACCUGA